UUCAAGAUCCUGUUUUUGCUGCAACCCCAUCUGUGUCUCUUUUACUCAUUCUCGUGUCCCAUCUCUGAGAAGCCUGCAAGAAAUUGCAGAGGAGGUCGCAAGGCUAAAGGAAAUGGGUUGUUGCGUAAAGCUGAUAGACGCAAUUCUGUUCCUAUACUUUCUGCUAAUAGCACUGGUAGCUCCACUCAUAGAUGCUCAGACAUGCGUGCCUGCCAAUUGCUUUCCACAGCCCCUUAUCAAGUUCAGGACGUGGUACAGCCAUGAAUACCAGGACUACCUCGUCAUCGAGAAGCCCCAUUUCUUUGUAGGCUUGGUUUGGCUUGAGCUCAUCUUUCAGUGGCCCAUUGCUCUCAUGAAUCUCUACGGCAUUCUCGCAGCCAAAUCUUGGUUCAACACCACUUGCCUCAUCUAUGGUGUUUCUGUCUUUGCCUCCAUGGCUGCUGUGUUGGGAGAAUUGAUGGGGUCUGGAAAGGCAUCAGAAAAGCUAGUGAUGGUGUACUUUUCUUGCAUGGUGUUCAGUGUUAUAGCAACUCUGCGAGGCUUCAUGCCCAAUUGCAGCUCCGCUUCGUCUGGCAAUGGCAAGAGAAUUCUCAGGAAAAAGCGAGCUUGAAUGAAAUUAAACAACACUAAUUACACCAUCAUUCACUUAUUAGUUCAACUUAAUUUCGUCAUAGUUCAGUUUUUCUCUCCUUUCUUGUUACUUUUGUGUCUGCGAUGUCCUUAUGGAGCUGAGUUUAUGUAAUCUUGUACGACUCUGAUUCUUUUCUGAGCGUCCUAUGGUUGCUCCAAAUUAAAUGAUCACGCAUAAA